AUGAUAUCUAAAAAGGUUGCAAAGGACCAAGUAAAGAACGGACCGCUUCAAGGCAGUCUUCCUGGCCAAGAAGUGAACUCGAUUCCUCUCCAGUCAGGUAAAUCUUUAAUCAUGGCGCCCGGUUUCAACACCAAGUCUCCCACUAUGAAGCGCAUCAUGAAAGAAGCCGCGGAACUCUCACAACAUCCAUCUCCAGACUACACAGCUUCUCCGGCCUCAGAUACCGAUCUAUUUGAUUGGCACUUUACACUACGUGGCCCUCCAUCCUCGUCUUUCGCCGACGGCAUUUAUCACGGACGCAUCGUUUUACCACCACAGUAUCCCCUCCGGCCCCCGUCAUUUCGAUUUCUUACGCCCAGUGGAAGGUUUGAGGUGAAUCGCGAGAUCUGCUUAAGUAUAAGUGGGCACCAUGAGGAAACAUGGCAACCUGCGUGGGGAAUACGAACCGCAUUAGUAGCCCUCAGAUCUUUUAUGGAGACGAGCCCUUCAGGACAAUUAGGAGGCGUCGAUGCGAGCGACAGUGUUCGAAGGAGAAUAGCCGGGGAGAGUAGAGGAUGGAAGUGCGGGGUCUGUGGUGGAAGGAGCUGCGAGGAGAUUUUAGGAGAGGCAGAACAACUUGCGAAAGAACUCGAGGGCGAAGGAACCAGUUCUAAGAGAGAGGAAGAGACUGUUCCACCUGAGAUGCAAAUAGGGUUUAAGCAGGAGACGAAAGAAGAAAUGGAAUCAAAUCAGAAUAUAGAUAAAGAGAACAGUAAACCUGCGGAGAAGACGCCAUCGGCACAGGUUGAAAGCGAAUAUCCACCUGCGAGACCAGCACAAACGGUACCUCAGCCUACAGCUACGAUACCGCUCCCUCAGCCUACAGCUACGAUACCGCUCCCUCAACAUACCCAAUUCCAAGCCCAACCUCGAAGACAAAUAGCACAAGCCCAUGUUCAGUCAAAUGAUGGUGUACCCGUAUGGGUCGAUCGAGCUAUCGCGGGGGAUUUCCUUCAAAGUUCAGAAAUUCCAUACUUGAAAUUCCCAGAUCUGUUUGAACAGCCGAGAUCCCUUUUGUAA